GUUUAUUCAAUGAGGUUGUGCAGAUGAACUUUGAAAUCGCCAGCUUCAGCAGCCUGUCGGGGAGUCAGCCCAUCACCUGGCAGGUGGAAUACCCGCGGAGGGGGACCACGGACAUCGCCGUGUCUGAGAUCUUCAUCAGCCAGAAGGACCUGGUUGGCAUCGUGCCCUUGGCCAUGGACACUGAGAUUCUGAACACCGCCAUCCUCACGGGAAAGACAGUUGCCAUGCCCAUCAGGGUGGUCUCCGUGGAGGAGAACAGUGCCGUGACGGAUAUCUCGGAGUCGGUGGAAUGCAAGUCCACAGACGAGGAAGUCAUCAAAGUGUCCGACCGCUGCGACUACAUCUUUGUCAAUGGCAAAGAGAUGAAAGGCAAGGUGGACACGGUGGUGAACUUCACAUACCAGCACCUGAGCGCCCCCCUGCACGUCACCGUGUGGGUGCCCCGGCUGCCCCUGCAGAUCGACGUCUCUGACACGGAGCUGAGCCAGAUUAAAGGCUGGAGGGUCCCCAUCGUGGCCACUAAGAGGCCCACGCGAGACAGCGAGGAUGAAGAAGAGGACGGGCGGCGGGGCCGAGGCUGCGCCCUGCAGUACCAGCACGCCACCGUGCGGGUCCUCACUCAGUUUGUGUCUGAGGGCGCCAGCCCCUGGGGCCGGCCAAGCCACCUGCUCAGUCCCGACUGGCAGUUCGACAUCACCCACCUGGUUGCAGACUUCAUGAAGCUGGAGGAACCCCACGUGGCCACUCUCCAGGACAGCAGGAUCCUGGUCGGGAGGGAGGUUGGCAUGACAACCAUCCAGGUGCUGUCCCCACUGUCUGACUCCAUCCUGGCCGAGAAGACAGUAACCGUGUUAGAUGACAAAGUCUCGGUGACAGACUUGGCCAUCCAGUUCGUGGCUGGGCUGUCUGUCACCCUUCACCCCAGCACAGAGAACAGCAAGGCCGUCACGGCUGUGGCCACAGCUGAGGAGCUGCUGCGAACCCCCAAACAGGAAGCCGUGCUCAGCACUUGGCUGCAGUUCAGCGAUGGCUCAGUGACGCCCCUGGACAUCUACGACACCAAGGACUUCACCCUGACCGCCACGUCCCUGGACGAGGCCGUCGUGUCAGUCCCCCAGCCCCGCUCGCCCAGGUGGCCCGUUGUCAUGGCCGAAGGGGAAGGCCAGGGACCCCUGGUCCGAGUGGACCUGACCAUCGCGGAGGCUUGCCAGAAAUCCAAACGCAAGAGCGUCCUGGCCGUGGGCGUCGGCACUGUCAGGGUCAAGUUCGGCCAGAAUGACGCCGACUCCAGCCCCGGCGGGGCCUACGAGGAGGCCGAGAUGAAGAACCACGCCAGCGGCCGGCGCCAGAAGGGCCAGGAGGGGCCCUGGUACGGCAGCUCCUCCGCGGAGCGCGACGACGGGGCCCCCCGGAGGGGCAGCCCCACGGCCAAGUCGCUGCUGGACAACAAGGUGGGCAAGAACAGCCGGCUGGACGGGGCCCGGCUGGCGGGCGAGGGCCAGCUGCAGACCAUCCCCAUCGACUUCGCCAACUUCCCGGCACAGGUGGACCUGCCGCGGGCGGGGGGCGGGCCGGGGGCCGGCGACCUGGUGCAGGCGCCCCGCGGCCUGAGCGACCUGGAGAUCGGCAUGUACGCCCUGCUGGGGGUCUUCUGCCUGGCCAUUCUCGUCUUCCUCAUCAACUGCGCCACCUUUGCCCUCAAGUACAGGCACAAGCAGGUGCCCCUGGAAGGCCAGGCCUCCGUGACCCACUCGCACGACUGGGUGUGGCUGGGCAACGAGGCGGAGCUCCUGGAGGACGUGGGCGACGGGUCCCCCCGGCAGGACGAGCACACGACCGUCAUAGACGAGAGCGACCGCCUCCUGCUCAACGGAGGUUCCCAAAAGCACGGGCACAGCCAGGUCCCCAGGCCUGCCGACUCCGGGGACAGACAGGGCAAGGACCAGAAGCUCGAGCCCCUGCACUCACCCACCUCCAAGAGGAAAAAGGUGAAGUUCACCACCUUCACCACCAUCCCCGCCGACGACAGCUGUCCCACCGUGAACUCCAUCCUCCGCGGGACCGACGAGGACAUCCAGUGGGUGCGCCAGGACGUGGGCGUGGGCGCCCCCAAAGAGCUCAGAGAACACCUGGAGAAGUUCAAGGACAAAGCCUAGGCCCCUCUGGCCGAAGGGCCAGCGCUUG